AUGUUGUACGAAAAAAGUGGUAUUCAAAACAAAUCAAUUACUAAUUCUGAUUACAUUUACAGGUGGCAAAUGGUAUAUAUGGUUGUGUUUGGUCAGGAUUUUGGUCAGCUAAAUUUAUAAAAGUGGCUGCGAAAUGUAUUUCAUGCAAUCAAGAAAAUCGAUUGGAUAUUUUGAGAGAAAUCCACAAGCUGAAAGCUUUAAAUCAUGAAAAUAUUGUUUGGAUAUUUGGUAUUUCUCGAAUGCGGAAUGUGGAUCACUCUACAAUUUGUUGCAUACUACUAAUAGAAAGGUUUUGCUUCCCGAUAAGCUCAAUUGGAUGUUGCAAUGCGCCAGGGGUUUGGAGUAUUUGCGUAGAGAAAAUGUAGUACACCAGGAUCUUAAAACAAAGAACUUAUUGCUUUUUAAUAAAUAUCAGAUAUUGAAAAUAUGUGAUUUUGGUUUUGUGAUGGGAAUUGAUGAAUCCAAUUUGAGAAGCAUUGAAUCACUUUUUUACACCGCACCAGAAAUUUAUAUCGAAAACAACAAAUUCACAGAAAAGUCUCGAGUGUAUAGCUUUGGCAUAAUUUUGUGGGAAGUAAUGGCUAGAAAAAAACCGUUUGAAAACUUUGAAGGGAUGGAACCUUUGAAUAUCCGAAUGGAAAUUAUUAAGGGUGCUCGUCCGGAUGUCAAUUAUUUGAUUCACGAAGAUUAUACUAUUCUUUUUAAUUUUAUUAAAGAAAUUAUUAAACGUUGCUGGAAGGAAAGUCCAGUAGAUCGACCAACGACUAUUUACCUAUGUGAAAAGUUUCAGGAUUUUGUACAAUAUUAUAUGAUCUUCGAAUGUAAAAGUACCAAAAAAUGUUGCUUAAUGUAA